AUGCAAGUGCCGUGGGUGAUCGUGACCGUUGGGCUGACCCAUCUUCUGCUAGUGCGUUCCGACCAGACCGAUUUCAAUCACAUCAACUCGGAUGGAUCCUUUGCUUUCGGCCUGAAAAAUUCAGACACUCCCGGAGGACACUACCAUACGGCCAGUGGUAACCCGAAGACGGUCGUCCGCGGACGCUACGGAAGCCGCCAGCCGGAUACGGGACGGGUCGAGGAAACGAUCUACACUGCCGGUCCCCGUGGGUUCCGUGCUCGGGGACCCAAGAUCCAUCGGAAGCAGAGCCUGUCGCAGGUUCCACGGGGACCGAUCGGAACACCGGAUGACCCGCAGGCCGAUCCGUAUGAUGACCCGAGCUACGACUUUCAGUUCAAAACUCGCAACUACCAGCGCCGCGAAGGUUCCGACAGCAACGGGCGUGUCAACGGGCUGUACUCCUAUAUCGAUGACGUCGGGGAGAAGCACUCGGUGCGGUACUCGGCCGGUAGUGGAACCGGAUACGAGGUGGCAAACCCCGUACCGGAUGCUCCGAACACGAUUGCCUACGAAAGCCCACUGUACAAGACGCAUAAACAGGUGCGUGGUAAGGUUGCGUUCGAGAGUGGCCCCAGUGGCUCCGGUCAGUACAAGCUGCUUUCGGUGGGACCGGAUCAGCGGCGUGCGGAAACGACUGGCCCGGAUGGAGUGACUCGUGGUUCGUACUCCUACCUGGACGACAAGGGUGUCCAGCGAACGGUGCAGUACAUUGCCGGGGCCGGCAUCGGUUACAAGGUGGUUCAGAGCACCACGGGCGCCGGAACGCAUCGGUUGCCGCAACCCGCUUUUGGCAUCGCGCACGUCGAGCAGCAGAGUGACAUCGCCGAUAACAACAAUCCGGCGUAUCAGGGAGCGUCUUCUGGUCCUACGAGCGAACGGCCGGGAACGGGAGGUGGCUACGAUCACGUGGCCCGGCCGUCGAGCUCCGGAUACGAUGGUCCCGGUCGACCGACGGCUCCCGAUGGCUACGAUCCUCCCACUGGCCCCUCUGGGCCAGCUUCGGGACCGGGAAUUUCAGGCACGGGCCCGAGUGGUUCCGGUUACCCGGACACAGGUCGUCCAGGAACGGGGCUGGGGUAUGAUGAGGAGAACUUUGACAGCAAACGACCAACGACUCCGGCGAGUGUGCGACCUGUGACCACCGAUCGACCCGAUGCCGUUGAAAGUUCACGCGAAAAAUACCCACCGGGCGGACCAGGGGACGAUUCGGACCACGAACUCGGAGGAUACGGUGAUGACAGCAUAAUCGGACUGGUGCCACCGAAGUAUGACUUCGAAAGCGCGCCGACUGGUCCCGUUUCAUCGAGCGACGAUCAGCCACUGCUUUCGGGUCCGUUUGAUGUGGCCAUCUCGAGUGGCCCUUCCGGACCGGCUCCCUACCCGAGCUUUGGAGAGUCAGCGCCGGACACGAACGCAUACAACUCCAACGAUUUCGCCAGCUUCCCCGAGGUAUCGUACGACCAGAAGAAGCUGCAGGACGACCGCAAGAAGGAUUGGCGCGACUUCGCCAAGGACUCGACCAUCAUCAAGAACGUGGGCGAUUGGUACGUGGGUUUGGCUCCUGGGGCGUCGGUGAGGGCCCAUAUUCAAAACAUAGAUUUGUUGCCGUACGGCGGUCGGGCGCCUUCGCCCGGCGACGCCCUACGGCGAGAUACGCAGGCGCAGGCCAAAUCCAGACCGUCUUCGGACGGUCCGACCACCCGAAAGACGUACGAACGACGGGUACUCAAACCGCUUGAAAAUCAUGUCGCGUUUGUGAUAAGCGCUGACCAUUUGGCCGAUGGUUGGAAUCUUCCCAACACCAACUUUCAGCAGAGUGCAGCUGGAGGAUUCGAUAGUGGCUCGAGCGGAUUUCGCGGUGACGAGCAGCAGCGGCAGGUUCUAACACAUCCGAAUGGUCCAAAUGCGUUGCACGGCGGCAGCCAAUCAGCUGGAGGAGUGGCGGGCAGUUUGGGCUUUGUGGAGGGAAGAACCGUAGGACCGGGAGGCGUCGGAUCGUUUGCACCGAGUCACAAUGGUUUUCAACAUCAGUCUGGCUUCAAUGGUGGCGCAGGAUCAGGUCUAAAUCAUGCUUACGAUGGCGGUGGCGUGAAUCAGGGAACAAAUAGUCAAGGUUUCUCGGCCACAGGGUUCGGUGCUGGAAACGUUCAAUCAAAUUCGCAGCACGGGAACGGAGAGCUGUCAAGAGGCGGACCAUCUACCGCAGGCCAUGGAUACCACAACGGUGCUUGGGGAGCCUACGGCGGCGCGGUUCGUCCUGGCUACUUCGGAAGUCCUUUCGGCGCGGCUCCGCAUCACUGGAAAUACGGCCACACGUCGGGCCUGGGCGGUUACGGCGGACACGGCUACCCUUGGUCAGGUCCGGGAUACGUUUAUCGAGUCCCGGUGGCGCACCUUAAUCCGGAUGGCAGCUACACUUUUGCGUACAACACACCGCACGCAUCCCGAGAGGAGACUGGCGGCAACAGUGGAGCCGUGGCCGGAACGCACAGCCUGCCAAGUGGAGAAGCAAAACUAAACGGACCGGACGUGGAUUUGCGGACCAACACUGGCCAAAGUGAGGGAAGCGGUGUGGCUGGGAACCUUGAUCCGGCAGAUUAUGGCCCCCAGUCGAUAUACUCUCGCGGGAGACUUCCGUUCGUUCCGAACACCAGUUUUGGCUCAGGUGAAUCACAAGGCCCCGGUGGCGGCGCAGGCACUGCGUCCGGUUCGCCCGAUCGCGGCUUAAGUUGGGCCAACAGAAACGGCGCAGAUGUUGCUUCCAUGUCGAGCGAGGGCGAUUCCGAUCAAAGCACACUUUCGGUUGUGGGUCUUCCGACAACACUUCCCACGGAUACCACGGAUCCCUUGGAAGGCUCUCGGGAUCAGAUAGUGAGCAGAUCCACCGAGCCAAGUACCCUCAACGAUGUAAACCAACCAGUGAACAGGGUCAACGAUCGCACCGCAGUGAAUUCUUUGAACCGUCCCGGCUGGGAUUCGUACAAUAAUGUGGCCGGUGGUGAUGGUGCCUUUGGUGCAAACAGCGGCCUUCCUGCCAAUCAAGCGAGUGCGCCGUCUUUCACAACCCCUCGGAGCUCCGAGGCCUCGGUAGAUCCCGUGGUCACACGACCGGUGAGUGAGCCUUCGUACAAUUUCGGUCCUCAGGAUCCACGUGGACCGAGUUCCCUCAACGACGGAGCUGGUUGGGGUGGAGUUCAAUCUGGAGGUGGAGCUGGGGGGCUUCAACAAGGAGCUGUAAACGGUGUCGACGGUCUCCAAGAUCGUAACAGCGAAGGAAACACUCAGCGCAACGUAGGGGACAAUACGUACUUCCAGCAACCGGGAGUGGCUCCCUUCGGAGCAGGUAAUUUCCGGCCGGCCGGUGGUAGUACACUGAAUCCCGCAGGUGGUUCUUUCGGGGCGAAUAAUCUGGGACCGGCGGGAAAUGACAGGGCGUACCAGUUUGGCUACCGUACACCGGACUCGGUCCGCGAAGAGUCUGCCGACGCCGGGGGCAACGUGCGGGGUUCGUUUGCGUACAAUAACGCCGCCGGACGUCACGAUCUGCAGUAUGUCGCUGGAAGUGGAACCGGAUUUCGUGCAACCGGUGGAAGUCUCUCGGUACCAAACGGACUGUCGGGCACCGGUGGCGGCCAGCAGUUUGGUGGGGGCGAUGGACGACAGUUUGGGUUCAACGGUCAGGGUGGAUUCACCGCAAAUCGUCAGCCGUCAGCUUACGCAGGGCAAGCUGGUGGUCAAGCGGGAAACUUUAGAGCAACUCAUCAAACUGUGACCAGAAGCCCGCAAACGGUUCCAUCUAGUGUUUAUCCGCAGCCAGGAAGUGGCCAACGCGUGGCUGCCAAUUCCGAUGACUACUCCUUCAAUGGUUCCGGUGACGGCCAAUCAAUCGAAGGAAGUGGACUGGAUACCACCGUCGGUUCCGGUGACUAUGGGGGCCAAUCAACGGGAAGGACUUUCCCGGCCGAAGCAAGUGGAAGCCGCACCGGGGAGCGAUACUUUUAAAGAAAUCCCUUUUUGAGAGCGUACAAAUAAGAAUAAAUGUCGUUCUUUUUAUUGUAUCGCGUGUAACGCGAGGUGUCGGAA